UGGUCAUGAGAUCGUGAAAGCCUUGUUCUCACUAUCAACUCGACUUCAACUUCAACCACAACCACCAUCUUUGAUAAUGGCAUUGAAGGGAAAGAAGGUGAUCGAGUUUGCUGGUUUAGCGCCUGCCCCUUUCGCUGGACUUGUACUGUCUGACAACGGUGCAUCUGUGAUCCGUGUCAAUCGUCCCUCGGCUAGUACACUGGAUGUUCUUUGUCGAGGAAAACGUUCAAUCGCUAUCAACUCGAAAAUUCCCAGCGGAAGGGAACUUUUGAAGAGAUUAGUUGCGUCUUCAGAUGUCCUGAUCGAUCCAUUCCGGCCUGGUGUAAUGGAACGUCUGGGAUUAGGACCUGACGUCUUUCUAGGAGAUUCUGGGAUGAAUCGACGACUGGUGUAUGCCAGAAUAGUAGGUUUCCCAAGGACUGGUCCAUACAAAGAUAUGGCUGGUCACGAUCUCAACUACCUUGCAUUGAGUGGUGUCCUUUCUAUGCUUCCGGGUUCCGUAGACAAGCCAAGUUUCCCCCUCAAUCUCCUUGCUGACUUUGCAGGAGGGGGGAUGUAUUUAGCUACUAAAAUUCUACUUGCAUUACUGGAACGCAAUGAAAGCAAUCAAGGUCAAGUAGUGGAUGUGGACAUGGUCACUGGCACACGUUAUGUAUCCACUUCUCCUUUGAUCCAUCGUCUCAAUCCUUCGACUGGAAGGUUUGCAGCCGAGCGAGGCGCAAAUCUGCUCGACGGUGGAGCACCGUUUUACGACGUAUAUUUAUGCAGGGAUGGUGGUCUAAUGACGCUGGCCUGCAUAGAACCACAUUUCUUCAAGAUUUUCAUCGAAAAGUUCCUCGAAGCAUUGCCAGAACAUUUUGUGCUUUCGGACGAAUGGCGAGAGUUUCCUGCAGCUGUCGCACAUGCAGAUCGGAAAUCAUGGCCUAAACUCAAACAGUUUCUAAUGAGUGGAUUUUCCCUGCGAACUAGGAACGAUUGGGCAGAUAUUUUUUUUGCAACUGAUGCGUGUUGCGUCCCCGUAUUAACGCCGGAAGAGGCAGCGCAGAAAAGCACAUCUAGCAGUAGGGAGGCUGGGUCAUGCCUGCUCAAUCCAGGCCAGCACACGAAGGAGGUGCUUACUGCAGAACUUGGACUCACAGAGAAUGAAUAUGAAGACCUACUCGACGAGGGUGUUAUAAGCCAAUGUUCCGGAGACUGAAUACCAGUUGAAUGUGGAAUACCUAGAUUGAGCACUUCAGCGACCCGACGGUUUUUGAUUGGCUUAUGUAUAUGAUGCAUGACCGGGUCCCCAGAGACACCUUUCCAUAUUCACGUGAAAAUAGUCUAUAUCAUAAUCACAUGCGCAUG